UGCGCCAGAGGUCAGAGUUGGUUGUCAAGAUGGCGGCCCUCAAAGAGCUGGUGUCAGGCUGUGGGCGGCUGCUCCGAGGGCUCCUGGCGCGCCCGGCCGCGCCCGGCUGGCUUCGGCUUUCAGCUCGCGGGUUCAGGGAAGUGGUGGAGAUCCAAGAAGGGAAGACAACUAUACUCGAAGGCCGUAUCACAGGGACUCCUAAGGAGAGUCCAGAUCCCCCUAACCCCUCAGGCCAGUGCCCCAUCUGCCGCUGGAACCUGAAGCACAAGUAUAACUAUGAGGAUGUUUUGCUGCUCAGUCAAUUCAUCCGGCCUCACGGAGGCAUGCUGCCCCGAAAGGUCACAGGCCUGUGUCAGGAAGAGCAUCGCAAGAUUGAGGAGUGUGUGAAGAUGGCCCACCGAGCAGGUCUGUUCCCAAAUCACAGGCCUCGGCUUCCUGAAGGAUUUGUUCCAAAAACCAAGCCCCGACUAAACCGCUACCUGACCCGCUGGUCUCCCCGUUCUGUCAAGCCCAUCUACAAUAAAGGUCACCGCUGGAACAAGGUGCACAUGGCCGUGGGGUCACCCCUCCUGAAGGACAACAUCUCCUACUCAAGAACACCUUUGAAGCUGUAUCACUGAUUGAGGACAGGCCUUCCCGACCUGACCAGAGCUCCUACCCCUUCACUGUGGAGUUAGACCAGCUUAUGAGCCCUCAGCUACAACUGUGCUGUUGCCCCAUCCCUCCAGGAUGGCCGGCCUCCAACAUGAAUGGCACAGCGGACAGUGGGACUAACCACAGGACACUUGGGUCCCUCAGCAGCCACUGUGGUGUCAUGAUGAGUUUGGGGCUGGCGGACAAGAGUUUUGCCCUAAGGAAUGUCAUAACCAGGCCUGUGGGCUUACCUGAC